AUGGCAACUUGGGCAUACCCACCAUUGCCGCCAGCACGAUUGGAGCAGGAGGCAGAUGAUGCGUUGGCAAGAGAGUUGGAAUGGCUUUUGCGUUCCUUGCAAGAUUCCCUCGCCUCAUUGAGGGAAGGUCUUCGUGACUGCGCUGCCCUGUUGGCCCCUAAAGAACCUGGUUCAACAUUGGUUCUAUCAUCUCUACGGUCUGAAAAUGUGAAAGGCUUUGUGACGAGAGUUGGAACAAAAAUCGUAAAGGGGGAUGUUCAGCUUCGCCUGAACUCCCUCGCCUCUGUCCGGGGCACGCCUAGCACCCGUGUGUGCUUGUCGAACUCUCCUGGUGCCCCAGAACUUGUGCUUGAUCAGCUGGUUUCGGUACGAGACCUGGUAAAUCAAAGUCUGGAUGUUGUCGAUGUUAGUACCUGGACUGGUGACCCGCUCAAUGCGAGUUUCAUUUUCAGCCAACUGCAUCUCCUGCAUGAGACCAUCACGGAAGCACGCCAGACGCUCAAGGGCGAGGAGGACGGCAUGAAAAGCAAAUGGUGGGAAACCAGUGCGACUGAUAAUAUGUUCGACCCUCCGUUGCCACCAUCUCUUUCAUUUCACCUCUCCAUUGCUGAUUCGGCUCUUGUGCUGCACCUGAGGACUCUGGAGUCUUGUACGCCUGCACACACACCCACGGCAUUUGCAACCGACAUUUCUUUGACUGGGUUUAACAUACGAGACCGGCUGUUUGGGUCUCGGCAUCGCACUCAUGAUGAGGCCGGUGACGUCUUUGCCUGGAAGGGUGAUGAAGUGAGAGUAAGGGAGAAACGCUGGCAAGCAGGGAAGAGGCUUGCGUCUACUGCAGCAGCCGCGAACGACACCGUACCGAAUGACACGACACCUCAAGCGGACCGAAAAGAUGAAAUCUACGAUUUGAUUGAUACCAUCAAUGAAAAUGAUGAGGAACUGGCUGAGCUUUUGGAUGAUGCGGAUUUACUCCAUGAUCAUCACGGUGUUUUGAAUAUUGAUGGUCACGAGCUCGAUCAUGCGUUUUCCCAGACAAUCGGUCACCGAGACGAAGAAACGUUGGAAUCACGGGUGCGAAUGGCACGGCAACAAUUCGGCGAGAUCCUACCCAAGGAUCAUUUAAACGAUGUCGAAUUGAAACUAUAUUCCCGAUUAUAUGGAGAGCCAAUUAUUCGAGAUUUAGACUUGGAAGUCGAACACGAGCAAGACGAUGAAAAGGACCCUAACCGGCUUUUCCGCGAAGAUGGCGAAGGUGGAUGGGAAGAAGUUGAGGUUGAGGAAAUAGAGGCACAAGAGGAUACUCCGGUGGUUUAUGACAUGGAACUCGGUCCCCAAGAGGAUGAAUCCAUCGCAAUGCAGCGGACAAGGGAAGUGGCCGAACAACUUGGUGGGAAGAUCAUGCUUGAGCAAUUUGAGGACGAAGCCGUGCCAGACUCUGCUCCACGACUACACCCUUUUACAACAGAAGGAAAGUUUUCUACGGACCCUAGCACGGUAUUUCUGCCGAAGGACACAGUGACCGGUCCCAUCUCUGCCAUUUUGUCCAACUUCUCCAAUAAGCACGUCGCAGAUACCGCUCAUCGUUUAUUCGGUGGCAGGGGGCUUCCUCAUUCCACUACUACGCCACCUCCACGUGCGCAAUUGCCCCAGCUUCCGAUUCCUUUGGAGGCUACGCAGCGUCAUAUGGGCGAGAUGGAGGCCAAUGCGUACAUGGCGGCUCUGUACCCUGGAAUGUACUCGUCAGUCCUCAGCGUGUUAGUUGAGGUUCGAAAGCGCUUGGGAACUGAUUGGAUCCGUAGCCUCAUUUCACAAGAAAAUGGGCCAAAUGUCUUGGAUGCCGGUAGCGCAGGUGCCGGUAUUCUUGCUUGGAGAGAUGUUCUCCGUGCGGAAUAUGAAAACAUGGUCCCUGGUCACCCCGAAGGAGCACCUGUUCCUGUGGGUCGAUCAACGGUUGUCACUGGAUCGGAUGCUCUUAAACUUCGUGCCAGUGUCAUGUUGGAAAACACGACUUUCCUUCCUCGGCUGCCCGAUUAUCUUCAUACCCGUGAAAAACCAACCUUGGAUGACCAAAGAGCUCCUCCCAAGAGAAAGCAGUACGACAUUAUCAUUGCCCCCCAUACACUUUUGGGCAUUGAUGAGGACUAUCUUCGGAAGGAAUAUGUUGAAAAUCUGUGGUCUCUCCUCAACCCCAACGGUGGUGUUUUGAUUCUGCUUGAAAAGGGACGUCAAAAAGGAUUCGAAGCCAUUGCUGGUGCUCGUGAUAUGUUGCUUAAGCGUCAUAUUUCAAGCCCUGGCUCUACACAGUACGAGGAAUUCCUCGAAUCGCCGAAUGAGGAUCGACGUGUCGAGAAAGAACCCGGUAUGAUCGUUGCCCCUUGCACCAACCACGAAAAGUGCCCAAUGUACCAUGGCCCAGGACAAUCCAAGGGCCGCAAGGAUUAUUGCCACUUCUCGCAAAGAUUCAUCAGACCGCCAUUCCUUCAACGCAUCAUGGGGGCCAAAGACCGAAAUCAUGAAGAUGUACAGUUUAGUUAUGUCGCUGUUCAGCGCGGAGUAGACCUGCGUGAGCAGCACGGAAUCGUGCAAGGCGAUAAAGCUACAGAGUCGGCUGCCGCUGGUUACGAAGAUCUCCACGAUAUGACGGCAAAUGAAGCGGAAUCUGAUGCAACAGCUGAUGCUGUGAGCGAGGUUCCAGAUGCAGAGAACACCCAGAACUUCCAUACACUCUCUCUUCCUCGCACCGUCUAUCCACCAAUGAAGCGACGUGGACACGUCAUCUUCGAUCUCUGCACACCAGCCGGAAAGAUCGAACGCUGGACCGUUCCCCGCUCAUGGAGUCGCCAGGCUUACAAGGAUGCACGCAAGGCCCAGUGGGGAGACCUGUGGGCUCUCGGUGCGAAGACCCGCAUUCCACGAAACCUGACUCUGGGAGAUAAGCACGGGGAAGGAAAGAAGGAAAGACUGGCUAUGCGCGCAGCUGAAAAGGCGGCAAUGGAGGAGGAAGGAGACCCUGAUGCACAGGAAUCAGAAGAGCGAACCAGCAAUCGCCCUAACCUGCCGAUUCCGACAAAGAAGAAGGGCCAGACCAUUCCUAGUUGGAAGAAGCACGCUGACAAGAAGACGCUCAGACAGGCUUCGAAGAAGUAUUAUUCUGCUUCCAAAUUGACGCAGGAUGAAUCUUAA